AUGGCUGAAAACGAAGUUUAUCCGGAGGAAAGCUCCCUCAGCGAUUCGGAAGAUUUCUCUGAUGACAUAGACAACGAGUUUUUUCGUGCUGUUGACGUUGAGGAGUCGAAGGAGGCCCUACUAACUGAAUUCGUUCCCCUCACUCCUGAGAUGCUGAUUGAACAUAUGUUGGAAUUGGUGAAUGCCGUCAACCAAGUCACCGAUCUACCCAAGACUCUCAUUCGCAUGUUGCUGGAGCAUUACAGGUGGGACAAGGAUGCUCUAAUCGAGCAGUACUUUGAGCACAAUCGCCCUCGACUGUUUGCUAGUGCCACAAUCAUGCCCUCACUCAUACACGAUGACAAUGAUCUGCCCUGCCUCACCCUCCGUUCUUAUUCAGACGUUCAUCAUGAUGCCAAAUCCUCGUCCCUUUCAGAAAUGGUCUGUGAUAUUUGCUGCGUGUCUAGCCCUCCCAGUGAGAUGCUGGGCCUAGGCUGCGGCCACUUCUUCUGCCGUCCGUGUUGGCUCAGCUACCUGCAGUGCAAGAUCAUGGACGAGAACCAGGGCAGUCGACUGGCGUGUCCGGCGUACCAAUGCGAGAACCUCAUCGCCGACGAGAGCGUCACCGACCUCCUGCUGACCUCCACACAGGAAAUCCACCGUCAGCGCGUCUACCGACGCUUCCAGAAGCUGGUGGUCAACUCCUUCGUCCUGCAGAACCGCUCGCUAACCUGGUGCCCGGGUGUGGACUGCGGCUACGCGGUGCGUGCCGUCUCGGGCUGCGUCGGUGACCAGGUCCGCGAGGUCGUCUGCGCCAACUGCUCGGAGUGCUUCUGCUUUGCCUGCGGCAACCCCUGGCACGAACCAGUGCUCUGCAAGUACCUCAAGCGAUGGCUCAACAAGGUGGAACAGGACGCAGGCACGUCGCACUGGAUCGCUGCCAACACAAAGGAGUGUCCAAACUGCAAGGCGACCAUCGAGAAGAACGGCGGCUGCAACCACAUGAGCUGUCGAAACGCCGACUGCAAGUACGAGUUCUGCUGGGUGUGUCUGGGGAGUUGGGACUUGCACGGCUCCCAGUGGUACGUUUGCAACAGCUACAAGGAGUCCACCGCGAAGCAGGCUCGGGAGGCGCAGGACGCGAGUCGGGCGGCGCUGUCGCGUUACCUCUUCUACCACGACCGCUACGCCAACCACGAGCAGUCGCGUCGGUUCGAGAAGAAGCUCUACGAGUCCGUGCAGAGCAGGAUGGUGGAGCUGGAGAAGCAGGGCAUGUCGUGGAUCGACGUGAAGUUCGUGAAGCACGUCGUGGACGUGCUGUGCUCGUGUCGACGCACCCUCAUGUACACCUACGUCUUCGCGUACUUCCUCGAGUCGAGCAAUCAGUCACUGAUCUUCGAGGCUAACCAGAGCGACCUCGAGCAGGCGACGGAGCAGCUGUCGGAGUUCCUGGAGUGGGACUUGAGCACCGCGACGCUGGUGGGGCUGAAGCAGAAGCUGCAGGACAAGUCGCGCUACUGUGAGCAGAGGCGCAAGGUCCUGCUCGAGCACGUCGCUGAAGGCUACGAAAAAGACCUCUGGACUUACCGUGUCAACGUCUGA